AUUUCAGGCAUAGAAGCAGCCACACCCACACAAGCUCAAGUUCAAAGUUAUCCCUGCACUUCUUCCUUCCUUCACUUAUCUUCUUCAUCUCUUCGUCUCUCUCUUUCUCUCUCUCUCUAUAUCUCUCCAAUAUUGCUCAUUAAUUCUUAAACUAGCUUUGAUGAUAUCGGAAACGAUUCGUCGAUAAUCCCAAUUUCUUUUUUGAAUUUUCGUAGUUUUUUUUGGGUCGUUUCUGGGUCGAAAUUCGUAGGAAUUUCUUCUAUGCGAAAUUGGAAGGAGAUAAAGCUUCUGAUGCUGUAGUGAAUUUGCGAAUUUUGUUUGGUCUUGUUCGUUUACUGGGUUGAUUGAAAUGCCGUCGAUGCUGGUUCUCGUCGGCACAAUGCCGUCGCUGGCUUCUCUGGUUAGUCUAGGUGGUGCUGGUGCAAGUGUUUCCGGAACGAGUUCGUCGGAUGCAUCGUAUGCAUUAGUUAAGAGGGUUUCUUUGUCAAGGAGAAGCGUUAAGGGAACUAAGAGAUGGUUGUGUAGAUAUUCUGUUUCGUCUUCAACUGCUACUAGUACUACUGACUUCAUUGCUGAGCAAAACAACAGCUCAGCUUCUAUAGAUUCUAACUCUUUCAAAGGAAGUAAAGAAGGGGAUGAUAGUGAGAUCGUGUUGAAGCAGGCUCCUAAACCUUUGUUGAAACCCCCUGUGGCAAGGGUAGAAAGGGGUUUGGGGGUCAAUUCUUCUGCUCCUUGGAGUAAGGAGUUAUCCAACGGGGGUAAGUUUGAUGGAGAAGAAGAGAGGAAUAAGGUUAUUGAAUCUCUUGGCGAAGUGUUAGAUAAAGCUGAGAGGCUGGAGAUUCCUAAACCGGGUAACAAAGAAGGUGGUGAGGCUGUUAAACCGUCACAGCCCACUACCAGCAGUAGUAACUCGAGGAAUGCUAGCUCUGCGAGUGGUGGAGGGACAAGGAAGACGAAAACUAUGAAGAGUGUGUGGCGUAAGGGAGAUGCUGUUGCAGCUGUGAAAAAAGUUGUCAAGGAGUCACCUAAAAUCGAACCUAGAUCGAGAGAGGAGGAAGAGGUGAAUUCCAAAGCCGGCACUCAAUUGGCACCAGCUCAGCCACCUCUAAGACCUCAGCCACCUGUAAGACCUCAACCAAAGCUACAAGGGAGGCCUAUGGUAGCUCCGCCACCUGUAAAGAAACCCAUCUUAAAAGAUCUUGGUAUGGCAUCAAAACCGUCAGGUCCCAUCUUGAAAGAUCUUGGUAUGGCAGCAAAACCUUCAGUUUCGGAAGAGGUUGAUUCUAGCAUUAAAACUAAAGAAAGGAAGCCUAUUUUGGUUGAUAAAUUUGCUUCCAAGAAAAAAAGUGUUGAUCCUGUGGCCUCUCAGGCUGUGUUAGCCCCUACUAAGCCUGGAAAGGGUCCUCCCUCUAACAAGUUCAGAGUUGAGCACCGUAAUAAAAAAAAUGCGUCAGCUAGUCCAAGACGAAGAAUUGUUGCUGAAGAUGAUGGUGACGAAGAUACAUUCUCCAUUCCUGGAUCAGCUCGAAAAGGGAGAAAAUGGAGUAAAGCUAGUAGGAAGGCUGCAAGACUCCAGGCUGCCAAAGACGCAGCACCUGUUAAAGCUGAAAUAUUAGAGGUAGAGGAAGAAGGCAUGUCCAUCGAGGAUUUGGCUUACAACCUAGCCAUUGGUGAAGGUGACAUCCUUGGGUAUCUAUAUUCAAAAGGGAUUAGACCUGAUGGUGUGCAGACCUUGGACAGAGAGAUGGUGAGGAUGAUUUGCGAAAAAAGGAGGUUUAGGUUUUUUAAAAUUGACAUAAAACUUGAUUUGGACAAGUUAGAAGACAGGCCUCCUGUCAUCACUAUAAUGGGUCAUGUGGACCAUGGAAAGACAACUCUUCUAGACUAUAUCAGAAAAAGCAAGGUUGCAGCUUCAGAAGCAGGGGGAAUUACACAAGGAAUUGGUGCAUACAAGGUGUCAGUGCCUGUUGAUGGGCAGUUGCAGUCCUGCGUUUUCCUUGAUACUCCUGGACAUGAGGCAUUUGGUGCAAUGAGAGCUCGCGGAGCACGGGUCACUGACAUCGCAAUCAUUGUGGUUGCUGCUGAUGAUGGAAUUCGUCCUCAAACAAAUGAAGCAAUAGCUCACGCAAAGGCUGCUGCUGUCCCUAUAGUCAUAGCUAUUAAUAAGAUAGAUAAGGACGGAGCUAGUCCAGAGAGAGUAAUGCAAGAGCUUUCUUCAAUUGGUUUGAUGCCUGAAGAUUGGGGUGGUGAUGUUCCGAUGGUUCAGAUCAGUGCGUUGAAAGGGGAGAAUAUCGAUGAUCUGUUGGAAACUGUCAUGCUUGUUGCAGAGCUGCAAGAGUUGAAAGCAAAUCCACACAGAAAUGCCAAAGGCAUAGUUAUUGAGGCUGGACUUGAUAAAGCGAAAGGACCAUUUGCAACAUUCAUUGUUCAGAAGGGCACUUUGAAAAAAGGGGAUGUUGUUGUUUGUGGAGAAGCUUUCGGAAAGGUACGAGCUUUAUUUGAUCACAGUGGGGAACGAGUUGAUGAAGCUGGACCCUCCAUACCUGUACAGGUGAUUGGUUUAAAUAAUGUGCCCAUUGCUGGUGACGAAUUUGAGAUUGUUUCUUCCCUUGAUGUGGCGCGUGAGAUGGCAGAGGCACGUGCAGUAUCACUACGAGAUGAAAGAAUAUCUGCAAAGGCUGGGGAUGGAAAGGUCACGCUUUCUUCUUUAGCUUCUGCUGUAUCAGCGAAAAAGAUGUCAGGCUUAGAUUUGCAUCAGCUUAAUAUCAUCUUAAAGGUCGAUGUACAGGGAUCCAUUGAAGCUGUCAGACAAGCCCUGCAAGUCCUCCCUCAGGAGAAUGUUACCUUGAAAUUUUUGCUACAAGCGACAGGGGAUGUGAGCAACAGUGAUGUUGAUCUUGCAUCAGCAAGUGAAGCCAUCAUUUUUGGAUUUAAUGUUAAAGCAUCUGGCUCUGUUAAAAAAGCUGCAGAAAACAAAGGAGUUGAAAUCCGACUAUAUAGAGUUAUCUAUGAGCUUAUUGACGAUGUGCGAAACGCAAUGGAAGGACUUCUCGAGUCUGUUGAGGAACAAAUCCCAAUAGGCUCAGCAGAAGUUCGAGCUACUUUCAGCAGUGGAAGCGGUCGUGUGGCUGGAUGCAUGGUGAAUGAAGGGAAGUUUGUCAAAGAUUGUGGCAUCAGAGUGAUUCGGAAGGGUAAAACUGUCCACGUUGGUGUCCUUGAUUCUCUUAAGCGAGUUAAAGAAAAUGUGAAAGAGGUGAGUGCUGGAUUAGAAUGUGGAAUUGGUAUGGAUGACUACGACGAUUGGAUUGAAGGAGACAUCAUCGAGGCCUUUAACGCGGUUCAAAAGAGGCGAACGCUAGAAGAAGCAUCGGCUUCAAUGUCUGCUGCGAUUGAAGAAGCUGGAGUUGAAUUGUAAUUCCAAAGUCAUCAAAGAAACUAAAGCAAACAGAAAAAAGCAGAGCCUCAGGGUCACACCAGUUUGAUUGGUACGUUGUUUGUAUGGUCUCAUUUUGUAUAUGGCAAAUGCUUCUACAUUUGGUUGAUUGAUGUAGGAUAAAAGACCCCAAAUGUAACAAAUCUUGAAAAGAAAUCACAAAAUAUUAUAAAUUUAAUAUUUGUAUAAAUUCACUACUUUUGGUUGUGUUAUUCAUUAGGAUUAAUCUA